AAGCGCGGUACGUACUCCUCGAAGACAUAUAAAAUCAGACCUAAAAGUCAUGAAUGUUGAGAAAGAGAAUAUGGAGCCAACCCAUUCCGAGGAAGAAGGUGAAGCCUCAAAUGGUGUUGCUCUGCCUUUGACGAUCGGGAAGAAGAGGAAGCUGGUGAUAUUGGAUAUUAAUGGCGUACUUGCCCUUAUGGUUAGGCACUCGAUCCCAGGUGGUGUCAGCUUUCCCGGCGGGUUGACGAUAGCAAAGCGACCCUUCUGUGAAGAUUUUUUGCAAUUCUGCUUCGAGAGGUUCGACGUGGCCAUUUGGACUUCUAGAGCCAAGGAAAAUUAUCUUGACGAAGUUGUUGAUUACUUAUUGGGAGAUAUGAAGAAAAAGUUGUUGUUUGUUUGGGAUAGGUCCUAUUGUACCCGAACAGGAUUUAUGACCCCUGAGAACAGGUAUAUACCCUUAGCCUGUAAGGAGUUGAAGAAGAUUUGGGGGAAUGAGUGCCCCAACCAACCUUUUGUGGGAGGUUACUACAAUGAAUCAAACACGCUGUUAGUGGAUGACUCUCCAUACAAGGCUGUGCUUAAUCCUGUUCACACUGCGAUCUUUCCUCAUUCCUACAAUGAACAAACGAUGAUAAAUGAUCGAUCAUUAGGUAAUUGUAUUCCAAAUCCAAUUAAAUAUACUUUCAUAAUUAAUCAAUUAUGGUUUAGUCGUUAAUUAUAAUAUUUCAGGCCCGGGAGGUGACCUUCGAGAAUAUUUAGAAGGGUUGGCAGGAGCUGAAGAUGUGAGAAAUUAUGUGGAGGGUCACCCGUUUGGUCAAAAGCCCAUUGACUAUACACACUGCAAUUGGAAAGUUUACUCGGGAAUUAUUAGAGCUCUCUCCGACCGUUCCUGAUUAGAAAAAAGAUUGGGGUACACACUUUUUGUACACAAAAAGUGUGUACCCCUAGCAGGCUUCUCCUGAUUAUUUACUGACCAUUUUUCCCUCCAUGCACCCUAAAGUUCAAGGGAACUAGCAUAAAAUAAAAAUGGGCCAUAAGUUCUGUCCAAUAGAAAUGUGUUUAAGAGCCUAUCACGGUAUUGACAUUGUUUUUCUAUGGUAUUUUAGUUUAUAUUUUGUGCAAGGAAAGUAUCUCCAUCACUCGACUUGCUUUUGUAGACUUCCCUCUUGAAAAAAUUAAGACCUAUA